CUCAAACCAAACAUUCCUCAACUUUAUCAUGUAGAAGUACUAUAAAAACAACGUACACUCGUCGGCCAAUUCAUCACUCUAGAGUUUACACCCUCUCAAUCUCUAGCCAUGGCCAAUCCACCAGCCCGAACACAGCCUCCUGCCCGCCCGGGCCGCUCCAAGCUGUUCCGAACCAUCGGAAUCAUCUUGCUAAUCAUCAUCCUCCUCGUCGGUCUAACCAUCCUCAUCAUAUGGCUAGCCGUGAAGCCCAAACGCUUAGUCUACUCGAUCGAAUCCGGCUCGAUCAGCGGCUAUAACUUGUCCCAAACCAACCACCUCAACUCCACCUUCAACUUCAUCCUGAGGGCAUACAACCCCAACACCAAGGUCUCCGUCUACUACAAGAAGGUGGAGACCUCGGUGUGGUUCGACGGCCAAAAGUUGGCGUUCAACACCUUGGCCCCCUUUCUCCAGCGCCACAAGAACGUGACUCGGUUGGGGGUGAAUCUCGUGGCUCAGGACGUGGCGCUGUCUGGAGACACGGCGAAGGGUAUGAAGACGGAGAGAUCCGGUGGGGCGGUGGAGUUGGACGUCCGGAUGAAGGCGAGGAUAAGGCUAAAGGUGGGAGCGUGGAAGGGGCGCCGGACGUUGAGGGUUCUGUGCCCGUCGGUUUUGGUGCGGUUUUCGUCGUCCCCGACUGUCGUGAGAAAAUCGUGCGACGUUGAUACAUAAGCUCCGGUUGUUUGGGUAGCGUGUUUGCUGUGGGUAUAAUUUUUUUUCCUUUCUUGUGUCAUGUAUGAGAAUUUGGUUGUGUUUAAUUCCUUGCAUUGUGUUUUAUCAAUGGGUUCGUGCUUGUAUUAAUUAUUAUUUUUUCAUUUUUUGGGUGCUGGUGUAUGGUGUGAUGAUAUUAAUUUGUUGAGUUUAAAUUAAGGUUGGGAGAAGUUUGUA